CCCAACUGUGUUGGUGACGUGACAUUGCAGCAGCACUCACAACAAUUAAACAUAGGAAUUUACAGGUAAUAAGUGUUCAAUUAGCCAUCAAUUAAAAUAUAUUUUGAGAGCACUUUAACUUACCAGUGGCGGCACUGAGGGAAAUUAAACUAUUCAUCAAGGACAUCAGGCCCCAGCUGUCAAAGACAACCGAUCCUAUGUCAGACAAAUUCUGGCACCGCCGCUGCCACCAACUCAGAGGGAGCACAGGGUGCUAAGGACUAAAAUGACAUUAAUUAAUCAUUUUAAACAGGACAAUCAAGAUGGCUACAAGUAGAUUUAAUAAGUUUCUAGAAGAUAUUGAUGAGAAAGUCCUGGAGUGUGUCAUAUGCUCAAAAAGACUUCAAAACCCCAAAUCUCUCAACUGCCUCCAUAGUUUUUGUUUGACUUGUCUUGAGGACUGGGUUAAGAAGACGGGUAAGUUGACUUGUCCAACUUGCUCAAAGUCAUAUCCCAUUCCAGAGGGUGGGGUUCAGGUGCUUCCACCAAACACUUUCCUGAAUAAUUUAUUAGAAACUUUUCACCAAUAUGCUACACCAGAAGAUCAGAUCAUGAAAUGUGUUUGUGAAAAAACAGCAGAAAACUACUGCCAGGUUUGCAGACAUUACUUGUGCUCUUCUUGUACAGACAAUCAUAAAUUAUUACCAAUUUUGGCAAAUCAUAAGCUGCAUACAGUUGAGGAUGUGCACUCAAUGACUCCACAAGACUUUGCCUUGUUAAAUCCUCCACUGUGUUCACUUCACACUAAACAGUUGGAGUUCUACUGCCAAAAUUGUAAAACUCCAAUAUGUAUGAAUUGCACAUUCACAGUCCACAGGAGUUGGGAAGGGAAUCACGAAACAAUCAGUAUUUCAGAAGCGUUUCAAAUAUUUAAAGAAACGUCAGCAACACUGGAAGAAGCUGCCAAUGACUAUGUAAACAAAUUACAAGACGGUCUCAAAGCAGUUACUGAAAAUACUAGAAUAUUAAAACAAUAUAGAGAUACUAGUUUGCGAGAUAUUGACAAUCUUGUGCAAGAUGUAAUCCAGACAGUUAUGGAGAAUGGAAAUAAAAUGAAAAGAAAAGUGGAGGCAGUCUAUGAAAAGAAAAAGAAGGUAAAUGAUGAGCAAGUGGAUGAAAUUAGAACAAUAAUAUCUGAUGUAAAUACAAAAGUGUGUUCUCUUAAUCAGCUUUUGAAUAAUGAUGAAGCAACUGCAAUGCAAUCAAGUGAACCAGUUAUUACAGCACUAAAGGAUAGAAUCAAUGGAAUGCCCAAAACAGAGCCAGAAGAUGAUGGUCAAAUUUUCUUCAUUACAAACAAACGCCAUAUUGCUUCUUUGCAGCAAUGUGACAUAGGAGAGGUAGAAACGAAAACGAAAACGAAAACCAAAGUAGUAGAGUCUCUGACAUUAAAGCGAAAGGCGUCUGCAAGCCAAGGUCAAUAUAGUUUAGCAAAAGUAAUCAAAACAGAUGAAUGUGAUGUAGAUGAAAAUCAACCAGCGUCAACAUGCACACAUCCAGCAGGAGAAACAAACAUCACUGAAGUUGAAGAAGAUGAAAAUUAUAGAGGUUAUAUUGUGUCAAGAAAAUGUAAAAGUUCAGGAAUUAACAGAUUAAUGAGUGCUGAUGAUGAACCAAUCAACCAGUCACUGAUGGUAGCAGCCAAAGUAGAGAAAAAAGGAUUAGUAAAAACCAUUAAGGUAAUCAAAAAAUUUACUGUUGGAGAUUACAUUAGCUUAGUUAAGUGUGAAGAUGGAUCAUUGUUAGUUUCAUGUCGGACAAAUGAAAUGUACAAGUACAAGCAAUCUGGAGAAUAUAUGGGUAAGGUUACACUACCACAAGGUGUGGAAAUAUUUAAAAUGUGCAAGAUGAAGAAUGGUAACAUAGCAGUCAGUGAUGAAGGCAACAAAUGCAUCAAAAUAGUUAAGAUGAAUGGUGAGGUGAUCAAAUCAAUUGGUCAGGGAGUACUGGGGGAUCCAGCUGGGAUCCAUGUGGAUGAGGCAUCAAAUGUGGUGUAUGUAGCAGAUUGGGAUAAUGACUGUGUGUUAAUGUUUGACAUUGAGAAUGGCCUGAUGACCGGGAAAAUUGACUCACAAGGUAAAACUAAGUUGGAAGUACUUGAUGUUACUCUUACAAAUAAGGGGCAUCUUCUGGCAUUGGUGUGUAGGCCUGAUGAAAAGAUAUUAAAACUAUUUGAUAAUGAGGGAGGGUUCUUAAAAGACUUACUCAGAACAGGUAGUGCAAUUGAGAGAGGUGGAAUAGUAAUUGAUAAGGACGACAACAUCAUUUUAUCAAGCGAACACAAGCUACUACUUUUUAGUAGUGAUGGAAGUUUCAUCAAAAGAAUUGAUAAAGCAGAAGAUGGAAUAAAUAAUCCACAAGGAUUAUCUAUCAUUUCAUAUUAUCCACGUAGAUUUGCAGUAGCAAAUUAUGGUGAUAAUUCAAUCAAAAUAUAUAAUUAUUAAGUACUAGAAUAAUCUGAUAUCCUAAACUACUGUAUG